GCGCUGAACACAUAAUGUGGCUGUAGAAGCAGGCGACGCAGCACUCGCACAUUUUCUCGAUGAGUCCAUCGAUCAAAAAAGUGGCGGCGGCGUCUCCCGCGCGCCAGGACCAGCUGCGUCACGGUGAAACCGGACCGACCAUUCUCACCCCCAAACUACAGUCGCCACAUAGCCAGUACCAGCCAUCCUCAUCCAAAGCGGCGGCGGCGUCCAGUGUAGAGAAUGGCGUGCGCGGUUCGUUCGCGUCAACCAACUCGGUUGUGCUACUACAACACGCGCGCACCGAAACGCCUAGUCUUCCCCUGGAACACGACGCCGCAGCCACUGCCAACUCGUCGCAUCAUUGCUUCGUGCAUGCUGCAUGGACGUUGGUGUCGUCUGUCGCGAUCGGCGCCAUCUUCAUCAGCGUUGUCGUGCUCGUCGGAAGCGAGGGCGUCCACUUCCUUGCGUCGUUCCUCGUGUCCAUCUUGAACUACGAAAUGUCCUGGUACAGCUACGCGAUCAUCCAGACGUUGCUUCGGCCGUUCCAGCUUUACUACGAGAUGGACGUGCUAGCGCCGUACCGCGAUACCAAGAAGGCCGUGACCGUCGCCGACGCAUGGAGCGUGCGCACCGGCAUCCCAUCCGUCAUCAUGUCCGUUAUCGUGUCCGCUCUGAUCAUGCUGCUCGCGUCCGGCAGCAUCGCGAUACUUCAGCUCUACGGGAACUUAGGCCUCAGCACUUCAACGUUCUACCUCGUCAUCGCGUACGUUGCGUCCACGUCGUUCGUCGCCGUCGCGUGCGCCAUGCAGACGCCGACUCCCAUGGAUGGCGCGAUCCUCCUCCUUCAGCAAGCGUCGUUCAGCAUCAACGCGUUCAACACGUACUUCGACUUCCGCGAGGUGGUCGAUAACGAGUUGCGUCAGAUCAUGCUCAUCGACGGCGGCUUCUCCAUCGCAGUCGCGUUUGUCCCGAUAGUGAUUCUGCGCAUCAUCCGGUCCUCCGAAGUCGCGCGCACGGGGCUCACGCUCUUGCUGGACCUGUUUUGCCUCCAGUACAUCCCGUCGCUGGUCCUGAAGUUGGAGUCGGUUGUGGACAUGCUGCUGCUACUGGAUCUUGAUAUGGAUCCGGAGCUGAUCAUUCCACUCCAGGGAGUGUACGCCAUCGUCAGCUGCUUCCUCGUGAUGUGGUCGACGGACCUGGUGACGGCGAUGCUCCCUGCGCCGCGGCCGUCGUGUUCCGUCAAGCAGUGGAUGGUGGUGGUGGCGGGCAUCGGCGCGUCGAUCCUGUCCAACGUGGUUUUGAAAGUCGCGGUGGCCCCGGCCCACAUGCCGCUUCUGAAGUGGUACCACAUCGUGCUCAUGGUGCUGGGCAGUUGCUUGUGCCAUGUCGGAGCCACAUUUGCCACGUUGUUGCGGUCCAUGGCCAAGGACACGUCGUUGCGCAGCAAGUGGCUCGUGCGUCUGCACUACUUUUUGCUCCUUGGGUUCUUCCUCGCUAUGUACAAGCGCGUCGAGUGGUCGGCGACGUACUCGACGACGAUCGAGCGCGACAUCCGCCAGUUCGAGCGCAAGUGGCAGCGCCUGGACAACGCGUCCUUUGCCGCGCACGAGGACGACGAAACGCAGUUCAGUUUCUUAGCAACGGUCAUGCAGUUGUUUGAGAACGUGCACAUGUCGUACACGCCCGUGCAGUUGAACGAGUUGUUUGUGCGCUCAACACAUGGAUUCCUGCUGGAGAUCGGCACAUGCAUCGUGGCGUCCGUGGAGGGCAACGUCACGGGCAAGCACUGCUUUAGUGGAUUUGGUUAACCAGAAUGCUGGUAGUUAAUAGAUGAUGUACAUAACGUUACGAUGGAAUAGAACACUGCAAUCCUCCUGGUGUUAAACAUGUGCGACACCGUGGAUGGAUUGAUAUGAAGCCACACCGAAGUUGAUGUAAAAGUCCAAAUUAAAAGCACUUUUUCCGAGACGCUAAUUCAUCCAAUUUAAGGUGCACCAUUUUAAGCUUAGUCUUUAUAUACCCAAUUGCAUAUUUUUUGGGCGGUUAACCUUUGUAGGAAUUGAUUGGCU